GCAGGAGCCCGCAGUGACAGGUGCAUGCCAUACCCAGCCACAGGAGCACCAUCCAAUCACCUUCAGGACAGCCAGGCUCUCUGAUAGGCUCACCUCGUGACAUUCCAUCCAGUCAAUGGCCACGUGGCCCGUGACGUUGGGAAGCCCAGCGCGGGAAAACGGGUCCCCAACGGCCCCAAGCCUCCAUCUUCGCUUCUCCAGAGCCCCGACUGCUGUCUCCGCCAUGGCCGAGCCCUCGUCCGAGCUGUCCUCUGAGGCCUGCCCCGGCGCCCAGGCACCUGAAGAGGCUGAAUCGGCCCAGGCACCUGAAGAGGCUGAAUCGGCCCAGGCACCUGAAGAGGCUGAAUCGGCCCAGGCACCUGAAGAGGCCGAAUCGGCCCAGGCACCUGAAGAGGCUGAAUCGGCCACGACGACCCAGAAGCAGAAGCAGCCGAGGCGUCGCAGCCGCCGCUCCAGCCGUGACCGCGACAGCUUCGCCACCUACUUCCCCAGGGUCCUGAAGCUGGUGCACGACGACCUCCGCCUGUCCCCUGCGGCCGUGAGGGUGAUGGAUUCGUUCGUCCACGACAUCUUCGAGCGCAUCGCCGAGGAGGCCGGCCGGCUGGCGCGCUACACCGAGCGCUCGACCAUCACCGCCAGAGAGGUGCAGACGGCCGUGCGCCUCACGCUGCCCGGGGAGAUGGGCAAGUUCGCCGUGUCCGCGGGCAACAAGGCCGUGCUCAGAUACACGCGCAGCAAGUACGCCGCCCCCGCCCCGCCGGAGCAGCGGCCCCCAAAGGCUCUCGUCAGAGCCACCCCGGACGGCCCGGAGCAGCAGUAGCCGGCGCGGCCCGCACCCCGUGCUCCUGGCAGUCGGCGCCAGGCCGCUUCGGGGCCAAGUGUUCAGUUCAGAGACUUGUUUGGUUCAAAAGUUUAUUUUCCAGCCCUCAGAUUCUUCCUGUCUUUGAUCUGCCCUCGUUUUGAGGCUUUCCACUCAGUUGUGUCAUUCCCUCAAUAAAUUGUUCAUUUUGA